GGAUUUUUGCUAUGGAUCGUCUGCUGGGCAGACCUCUUCUACUCUUUCUGGGAAAGAAGUGUGGGCAAGCUCCUGGCCCCAGUGUUCCUGGUCAGCCCAACCCUCUUGGGCGUCACCAUGCUGCUUGCUACCUUUUUAAUUCAGAUCGAGAGAAGGAGAGGAGUCCAGUCCUCAGGGAUCAUGCUGACUUUCUGGCUGAUAGCCCUACUGUGUGCCCUUGUCAUCCUGAGAUCCAAAAUCAUGACUGCCUUAAAAGAGGAUGCCCAAGUUGAUGUCUUUCGUGACGUCACCUUCUACAUUUACUUUAGCCUCGUGCUGAUCCAGCUCGUGUUGUCCUGCUUCUCGGACCGCUCGCCCCUGUUCUCCGAAACCGUCAACGACCCCAAUCCUUGCCCGGAAUCCAGUGCCUCCUUCCUUUCCAGGAUCACCUUCUGGUGGAUCACAGGGAUGAUGGUCCAGGGCUACCGCCAGCCCCUGGAGAGCACCGACCUCUGGUCCCUGAAUAAGGAGGACAUGUCAGAACAAGUCGUGCCAGUCUUGGUAAAGAACUGGAAGAAGGAAUGUGCCAAGUCCAGAAAGCAGCCGGUGAAGAUCGUGUACUCCUCCAAGGACCCCGCCAAGCCCAAAGGGAGCUCCAAGGUGGAUGUGAACGAGGAGGCCGAGGCUCUGAUUGUCAAGUCGCCCCAGAAGGAGCGGGACCCGUCCCUGUUCAAGGUGUUAUACAAGACCUUCGGGCCCUACUUCCUCAUGAGCUUCUUGUUCAAGGCUGUGCACGACCUGAUGAUGUUUGCCGGCCCAGAGAUCUUAAAGUUGCUCAUCAACUUCGUGAAUGACAAGAAGGCCCCGGACUGGCAGGGUUACUUCUACACGGCGCUGCUGUUCAUCAGCGCCUGCCUGCAGACCCUGGUGCUGCAUCAGUACUUCCACAUCUGCUUCGUCAGCGGCAUGCGCAUCAAGACGGCUGUCAUUGGGGCCGUGUACCGGAAGGCCCUGGUGAUCACCAAUGCGGCCAGAAAGACCUCCACGGUCGGGGAGAUCGUCAACCUCAUGUCCGUGGACGCCCAGAGGUUCAUGGACCUGGCCACGUACAUUAACAUGAUCUGGUCAGCCCCUCUGCAAGUCAUCCUUGCCCUCUACCUCCUGUGGCUGAACCUGGGCCCCUCCGUCCUGGCAGGGGUGGCCGUGAUGAUCCUCAUGGUUCCCCUCAAUGCUGUGAUGGCCAUGAAGACCAAGACCUACCAGGUGGCCCACAUGAAGAGCAAGGACAAUCGGAUCAAGCUGAUGAACGAAAUUCUCAAUGGGAUCAAAGUGCUGAAGCUUUACGCCUGGGAGCUGGCAUUCAAAGACAAGGUGCUGACCAUCCGGCAGGAAGAGCUGAAGGUACUGAAGAAAUCUGCCUACCUGGCCGCCGUGGGGACCUUCACCUGGGUCUGCACCCCUUUCCUGGUGGCCCUGUCUACGUUUGCCGUCUACGUGACCGUCGAUGAGAACAACAUCCUGGAUGCCCAGAAGGCCUUCGUGUCCUUGGCCUUGUUCAACAUCCUUCGCUUCCCCCUGAAUAUCCUCCCCAUGGUCAUCAGCAGCAUUGUGCAGGCGAGCGUCUCCCUGAAGCGCCUGAGGGUCUUCCUGUCCCACGAGGAGCUGGACCCUGACAGCAUCCAGCGCCGGCCCAUCAAAGACGCUGGAGCCACGAACAGCAUCACUGUGAAGAACGCCACGUUCACGUGGGCCAGGAAUGACCCCCCCACGCUGCACGGCAUCACCUUCUCUGUUCCGGAAGGUUCCCUGGUGGCCGUGGUGGGCCAGGUGGGCUGUGGGAAAUCGUCUCUACUCUCAGCGCUCUUGGCCGAGAUGGACAAGGUGGAGGGACACGUGACUGUCAAGGGCUCAGUGGCCUACGUCCCCCAGCAGGCCUGGAUUCAGAACGUUUCUCUCCGAGAAAACAUCCUUUUUGGACGCCAGCUACAGGAACGGUAUUAUACGGCUGUGAUAGAAGCCUGCGCCCUCCUGCCAGACCUGGAAAUCCUGCCCAGUGGGGACCGGACGGAGAUUGGUGAGAAGGGUGUGAAUCUGUCCGGGGGCCAGAAGCAGCGCGUGAGCCUGGCCCGGGCCGUGUACUGCGACUCCGACGUCUACCUCCUCGACGAUCCCCUCUCGGCCGUGGACGCCCACGUGGGCAAGCACAUCUUUGAAAACGUGGUUGGCCCCAAGGGGCUCCUUAGGAACAAGACACGGCUCCUGGUCACGCACAGCAUCAGCUACCUGCCCCAGAUGGACUUCAUCAUCGUUAUGAGUGGUGGCAAGAUCUCCGAGAUGGGCUCCUACCAGGAGCUGCUGGCUCGGGACGGCGCCUUCGCCGAGUUCCUGCGCACCUACGCCAGCGCCGAGCAGGAGCACGGGCAGGCGGAUGACG